AUGGUUCUCAGUGAUGAUUCAACUUUAGAACCAUGUGAGAAGAUGAAAUGUAAUAUCUCUGCAUCCGUUAACAACAAGUGUGAAGAUUUUAUGAAUAAAAGUGUCAUCACAGAUGAACUUAGAAAUAUUACACAUAAUUCGCCAUGGGUAGAAAGUAAAGAUGAGCUGGGAAAAAGAGUGGAACGUAUAUUGGACAUAAUUGGAGAAGUAUGGAAUAAUUGGGCAUUUGGAACUAGUAUGUCAUGCAAUGAACAAAGUGAGGGAACUUACAUUACAGAUGUGAUAGUACCAUUACUUUGGGGUCUCCCAAAUGAUGGAUUGGAAGCGAAUUGGGAUAAGCCUGAUGUUAUGGCAUUGGUGGGGCAUGUAUAA